ACUAGAGAGUAAGGUAUUAUUCGAGUUGAACAUUCGUCGAUAAUAGUUUAUAGGUAUGAAAAUUCUACAUAUGGGAUACAAGUUUGAUAAAUUGUAAAGAGUUGGUGAUACACUCACAUACACAUGCCUUUUCUUACAUGUCAUAUAUAUCUAUAUAUGUCAACUCAACUAUAUGGAUUGUGUUUUAUUAUUAUAAAAACUUUGCUAGCUUACAUGAAGGCACACCAAACAAUUUUAGCGAAGUCGUUGACAUAAUUCACAUGGAAGGCUUCUCUUGAGUCAUGGUAUUGCCCUUGCAUCCAAAAAUUAUUAGUGAUAGAAAAAUUUCGACCUCUAUAUUUUGCAUGCUAAGUGCCAUAUAUUUGUAUUUUGUGCAAUUGUAAAACCCAAUGUCAACAUUUUUUUUUGAGCAAACAUAGAUUAAAACAAACCAAGGUUCAUGCAGCACUAGUAGCAGAGGAAGUAAUCGAAAAUAAAGCUGCUGAGUCAGCUUGAACAUUUACUAAACGCGGGAUAAAAUGAAAAGAGAUAGACGUAAAAGAGCGAGCCAUAAAACGAAUGUCAUGGAGAACGUUUUUCAAUACUACAUCAUGUUCUUGAGUCUUCAAGAGUGAAAUGAGGUUCUUCGAGUCAGAGAAGAUGUUGAUGCUGCUGACAUGUGAAGAGAGUGCAGCUCCCAUAGCUGCCUUAACCACCAACAGUACUGACCACCAAUGCUUCCUAAUGUCAACAUUUUCUUGUUUUACAAUUUGGUCUAAUAUUUUAUCACAGUCAUUAUCUGUUUUACACGUAUGUUAAAAAUGACUUCCUGAUUUAAAGCUUUACAAUAAUAGAAAAUAAUUGAGAUCACAAUACUAAAUGGACCGCACGUCUGGAGGUAGUGCCCUUCCACACAUAUAACAUUCCCUCCCCCAUAACCAAAAUGUCUCAAUUUAUAUUAUAUAAAACGAUUAUAUAUAUACCUAGUCUUUUUUACAUCAUGAGCACAAUCUCAAAAACAUCCAGCCCAAAAAAAAGAAUCGAGAGAGGUUGCCAUGGCGCAGAGGAUCACGACACUGGUUCUGCUCAUAGAGAUACUGUUUCUGUUAAAUUAUGUGAGUCAAAUAGCCAAGACCGCAGCAGCUAACGACGGAGAUGUGAUUCACGUCACCGGGAAAGUGAUGUGCCAAGUGACUCUUAACUACGACCAAUGGAUCAACGGCUCUGAACCCAUCAAAGGGGCUGUGGUAUCAAUCACUUGUAUGGACGAGAGGGAAAGAGUGAGAUACUAUGGCAGCGACAAGACCGAUGAAAGAGGCCAGUUCGAUCUUAUCGUCGACAAAGUCCUCUACGGCGGAAAGAAUCUCAAGCCUAAUCUUUGUAAUGUCCGGCUCGUGUCUCCUGCUGACCAGUCAUGUGGUAUUCCGACCGAUUUUGGCAAUGGUCAAACCGGAGAGAAGCUAGUUCAGCCGUUCAUGGUUUUCAAGAAUCUAGUGAAGUUUGUAGUCGGGCCAUUUUAUUAUACCACCCCCAUGUGUGACACCCCUAAAUAUGAAAACAACUACUAGAGUUGGAUGAUUUUAACAUUUGGUUAAAGGUCAUUUGAAAUUAGUGGUCCUCUGCUAUAUAUGUUUCUCAUUAUGUGUAAUGCCACAUGUUUUUGCUUUCUUAAUUUUGUUGAUUCUUGUAAAUGUAAAAUUACAAUAUUCUUUUUUACACAUCAUAAA